UUCUGACAACCUUCCUUCAAAUAUCAAAAUGCAGAUAGCUUUAUUAUUUAUUAUUUUUACCUCUAUUUUAAUGGUUAAUAUUGAAAAAGUUGAAUCAUUUAAAAUUCUUGUUUCCGUUUCAAACUAUUUUCAUAGCCAUAUGAAAUUACAUAUAGAUAUUGCUGAUUUAUUAGCCGAAAAUGGGCAUGAAGUUACUCUUUUAAUUAUGAAUUCAAAUCCUUACAAUAAUUAUCCCCCUACAAACAACACAAAUUGGACAAAAAGCCAAAACGUUAUAAGACAAUCAGCUAAAGGGGAAUAUCUACAAAAAUUAAAAGAUUCUUUUGACCGUUCUCCUUUUUAUGAUAGCCAUGUUUGGACAGAAGAAUUGGAAAUUUUUAGCGAGAAAAAUGAAUUAUUUGUUAAAGAAUUGUUUUUUGUUGGAUGUAUAGCAUUCUAUGAAGACAAAGAACUUCUUGCUUCACUUAAAUCACAAAAUUUUGAUCUUGGAAUUACUGAAUGGCAUGAUGGCUGCAUGUUUUCAAUGUUUAAUCAUUUGGGAAUACAUGCUACUGUCGCAACAAGUCCUAUUCCUAUGGAUUUAGUUCAAGCUAAAAUACUGGGAAUUCCAAUGCCCUUGUAUAUUCCAGAAGUUAACACUGCUCCGCCUGAAGGAACUUCAAUGGGUAUUUGGGACAGAGCCCGAACAUUGUACAACCGAAUAGAAAACAAAGCUGAAAAAUUUUUCUCAAUGGACGAUUGGUGUAAAAAAAUAUUUGGCCAAAAUUUAAUUCCAAAAAAUGAAUUACUAUUGAAAUCAGCAUUCUUUUUAAUUAACACACAUGAAAUGCUUGAUUUAGCUAAACCAAUUAGUGCUAAAAUUAAACAUAUUGGCGGUUUUACUUUACAAAAGAAUACACAAAAAAUUCAAUUGGAUUCUAAAACAGAAUUUCUCUUAACUUCAAGUAGCAAAGGUGCAAUUCUUGUUUCUUUCGGUUCUGUGGCUGAUCCGAGUCAAAUGCCAAAAGAAAUGUUUAAUAAUUUAAUGAAUGCUUUUGCUUCUUUUCCAGAAUAUAAUUUUAUAUUAAAAUCUAAUGAUUAUGGAGAGAAAUUAAUUAAAAAUGAGUCAAGAAUUUCAUUAAAUAAAAAUGAAUAUAAUUUGCCUGAAAAUGUUUACAAAUUUGGGUGGGUGAAGCAAAGGGAUAUUUUGGCACAUCCAAAAACUCGUCUUUUCAUCUCCCAUUGUGGUCUAAACAGUCUAAAUGAGGCAGCAUUUGAAGGUGUUCCAUUACUUUGUAUUCCGAUAUUUGGAGAUCAAAAUUACAAUUCCGCUAUUGUAAAUCAAAGAAAAAUUGGGAAAGUUUUACUCAAAAAUCAGUUAAAUGAAGAGAAUUUAAAACAAUUUUUGAGUGAAUUACUUGAAGAAGAAAAUAAUGAAUAUACCCAAAAUGCAAUAAUUGUUAGUCAAAAAAUGCAGAUGGCCCCAUUUCAACCCAAAGAAAUACUUCUACGUCAUGUUGAAUUUGCGGCACAAUUUGGUGGAAAUUUUAGUGAAUUAAAUUUGGAGGGAGCCAAAAUGAGUAAUUUUAAAUAUUUUGGAUUGGAUAUUUUAUUUUGCUUAGUAAUUUUUGGAAUUGUUGUUUUUAUUGUUGGAUUUAAUAUUUUCAGAUUUUUAUUUAAUAAUUUUGUUAUUUUAAUUAAUUUUAAAAAGAAUAAAAUUGAAUAA